GGUAUCAUCAUCAUCUAACCCGAUAACUUGGAAUGAUGGCACACCAGCCUCAAUUUCCCAAAAGACCAUGCGGUCUACCACGUGCCCCUUUUACCCAUAUAAGUUGUUCAGCCCUAGAGACGUUUAUCUUCAUUACAGCUCUUUUGUCUGAUCACCAGGUCCGAACUCGUCGCUCACCAUGCAGGAAAAGUCGUAAAAAUCCACCCAUACCAUGCUACGCAACUUAAAAACCCCAACCUCUCGCUUAGGCAAGGC